AUGAAUUAUAUAGGGAAGAAUGAUUCAGAGUACUUUAUUAUUGGUAACGACACUGGUAUAUUGCGUCUUGUCGCUCCUCUUGAUCGAGAUCCUGCCACAGGAGGCGUUGAAGGCUACAAAGUUGUUGUCACGGCGACGGAUGGCGAGACGCAGAUCGAUGCAUCGCUGCUAAUUAAAAUCAACAACAUCAACGACAACGUUCCGAAAUUCAGCAAAACUUAUUACGUCAUCAACAAUCCUUCUCAGGAUGUGGGUGGCGGGCCACUGUUAUCGUUUGACGUCACCGAUGACGACAUCACGUCAAACAUUACCGUCACCAUCAUCUCCAACGUUACCGGUUUCUUGUUACACAGAGCGGAGUCAGGCAUAUGGAGGCUGGAAUUAAAGCAAGUCGGGCAAAGCUCAGACUUUUCCUUUCCUAACAGAAUACGUCUGCUAGCCAGUGACGGGGGUAUUCCGGAAAUGACGUCACGAGCAGACGUGAUAUUUAUUUUUAGUCAGUGUGAGAAGAAAGAAGCGACCACGCAGACGACAGAAAGGACGUCAGCGCCCAUGACAACUGUGGUUACCAAGGCAACUAGUACUCGAACACAUAUAGCCUCGACCAGUGAACCCACAACAGAAGAAGAAACAACAGUUACUGCUCUUCCCACAGCUAUACUUGUGGAACAGAAAACACUGAGUCCGUCGAAGGAGUGUGGCGUCAUGCUGUGGCAGGCUAUCUGCAUUGUAGAGGGCGCUGCCAUCGUUGUGGCCAUCUUGAUCUUCCUUCUCAAGAAAUGUGGAUGUAUAAAGAAAUCGUCGGUCGACGUCUCACCACAUCGCGCUGCCCCUCUGGGAUGUGAAACAGGUAUGAACUACAAACGCGAAGCAGCGCGAAAAGAAAGAUCCAGCAGAAGUCGCUCUCAAUCGGCCACAUCUCGUCUGUCAACCAAAGGAUCGGACGUCACUGCCGAUCAUAACCGAACCGUAUCGAGAGGUACUGAUAAAGAACGGGAACUGGGAGAUGUGGCGGAAACACGACACCAACCUGAAUUGGGGAAAGAUGCUAAUGCUGGUUCCAAGGAACAAGGUUUCGACCAGCUGGUUAUCAGUCACCCAGACGAAAUCAAAGAACAGAGUGGGAGAAACGAACAGGGUGGGAGAAAAACAUCAAAGCAACAGAAUGUUUCAUCAGAGAAUUCUGCUAUCCCUGCUGAAGCUGACGCAGUGGAGGAACUAAACAAGGACCUGAUGAAUAUCAUUGAAGAAGGGCGAGGAGUGCCACCGAUGGACACGAAAGCCAGUUAUAUUCCAAAGCACGAGAACGCAGAAACAGAAGACCCCGAAAAAAAUGAAUUGGCAUAUUGCAAAGAUAAUGCUAAGAGAAAUAACAGAAGCCAUUCUGUGCUGAAUGUCGUCCAAGAGGCUCGGGCGCAGCAACUGUCUGGUCACAGAAAUCCAGCUGAGAGUAAAACAACUGGUGCUGAAGUGGAUGGCGGAAAACAGGAACCACCAAAACCAAGACAAGCAGAAAAGACAGACCACAAGGACGGCGGUUCUAAAGAUGUCGACAAACCCAAGAUUAAAAAGGCGAGAACCGGCAAAUUUAAAGAAACAAAGGAACCAGGAGGAGCAGCACCAGCUGGUCGUGAACAAGACUCGAGGACGAACUCUGGGCAAACUGGACAAGAUGGUCGUAAACUGGAAGAGGAGCGAAAGCACGACCAGAAAGGAAAGGACACAACUGCAGAACAAAAUGACAGGACAAAAUCUACAAAUCCGCCGAUUCAGAAAUCUGCCCAGGACGAUAUAGAAAAGCAGAGUUCCAAGAAGGGAACUGAAGAUGUCGCGCCGAAGACUUCAUUGGCGUCGCCAAUGGGCUUCUUUGAUUUGGUCAUGAUCGCAAAGAAGGCAAAGGAAGAGGAGCUGGCAGCUGUGAGGGAUACUAAAUCCAAGGAUGUUGUAAAUGAACUCGACGUCCCUGGGCUGGAUGUGAAGAGGAAGCAGCAUUCAAACCCCAGUACACCACGGAAGAAAAAGGACAAAAUCCAUGAUUGCUAAAACAAGGCAUGUGACAGAAGAGAGUGCACUAAUCUGAACUAUAUAAAUCUAAUUUUAUUAUUCAUAAUGAAAACAACGUAUUUUACUUUCAUCAUUAUUUUAUUUCCUUGCUUAUAUUCAACAAAAGUUCAAGUACGCUAUAUUGGACUUGCCUGAUAGUAUUAUGAACCAAACUGCAUUAUUAAUUUCGAAAACAUUGCUAAGGAUGUGUUGUAAUGUCAUUUAUUUUCGUGCUUUUAUUCAGCCAAGAUCCAGAUACGUUAUCCUGGAAUCUCAGAAUAUUAAAAACAUUUGUUUUAUUAUUAUUAUUAUUAAGGAAAAUAUCACACAUGAUUGUAUGUUUUUGUUUAUGUCUAUUUUAUGCUUAUAUUCAAGCCAGGUUCAAAAACACCGACCUGCCCCAGUGCUUAU